AUGGACGGAGCCAAGAGUUCAGCGCCAGCCGGCCAGACGUCCAGCAAUCGAGUGGUAAAGGUGAAUCGCAAGACGGUUGCGGCCAGAUACAAUAUCAAGGUGCUGCGCGGUCUGGAAACAGCGCUGUUGAAGGAUCCGGAGGCCAACCUUGGCGACCUUCUGUCCUCUUCAUAUCCCCAGCAGCUCAAGUCGUUCAAGGAAGCAGUGCCACGCUUGCAUGGCGUGAUCCGCAUCGGGCGGUAUGGUCUGCUGUUCACCUCCUUCGUCUCGGGUCUCGACUAG